GCAGCCAAUCCGCUGCUUCCCGCCUGGUUGCGUGUUGGUUGGAGUCUCUUCAGCGCCGCUGCGCUCUCAUCAAUCUCCGCUCUGCACCUGUUUGCGUGGAUCCGUCCCGCAUGGACCGCCACUCAGAGGAAAUGCUCAGUGACUCAUUUUAUGCUUUAUGAUUUAUUUAUACACCUACCGGAUGUCGAAACUAAAUUUUUUUGAAGGCUGAUGAGAGUUUGGGCUGAAAGUCCCAACUCGUAUAAAAGCAGCCUGGACCCACAGAGACACCAAGCAGCUUGUGUGACAUUUUCAUUUUUCUAUCUUUAGCACGGGAGGAAAUGACCGCGGCGCGCUGUCAUAAUAAAGGAAUAAUCCAACAUUUGCUCUGCCGUCAGGAGGAUCGAUCUGCGCCGCCGAAUCGGAGCGCUUGAAGCGGAUAAACUGGAUUCUUCCGCGGACAUUGAUCCGAGAUUUGACUGUUAACCUCCAGAUAUUUAACACUCCCAACGAGAGAAGAUGCCGUUCCACCAUGUGACGGCAGGUCUGCUCUACAAGGGGAACUACCUGAGCCGCUCGCUGUCCGACAGCGACAGCGACGUUCUGGCCAGCAUCUCUGUGGAGGAGCUCGACGAGAUCCGGGAAGCGUUUAAGGUGCUGGAUCGUGAUGGAAACGGGUUCAUUUCCAAGCAGGAGCUGGGAAUGGCCAUGCGGUCUCUGGGGUACAUGCCCAGUGAGGUGGAGCUGGCCAUCAUCAUGCAGAGACUCGACAUGGACGGUGAUGGACAGGUUGACUUUGAGGAGUUCAUGACGAUUCUGGGCCCAAAGCUGCUGACGUCUGAAACGAGAGAAGGCUUCCUGGGCAGCACGAUAGACACCAUCUUCUGGCAGUUCGACAUGCAGCGCAUCACCCUGGAGGAGCUGAAACACAUCCUGUUCUACGCUUUCCGCGACCACCUGACCAUGAAGGACAUUGAGAACAUCAUCAUCAACGAGGAAGAAAGCCUGAAGGAAAACUCCGGGAACUGUCAGACGGAGUUUGAGGGAGUUCACCCGUCGAAGAAGAACCGCCAGACGUGCGUGAGGAAGAGUCUCAUCUGCGCUUUCGCCAUGGCCUUCAUCAUCAGCGUCAUGCUCAUCGCGGCCAAUCAGAUGCUGAGAAACGGCAUGGAGUAGCCGGGUGGCGCCAGCCUGCAUGUGCAUGCCGGGUGGGUGAAGCCGUGCCGCUGUAGGCAGGAAACAGAACCACAAGGCGCAGCCAG